AUGCACGAGCUUCUGCUCUUCGCCUCGGUUCCGUCGCACCAACACCAUGAGCUGUUGCAGCAGCUUACUGGGCUGACAGCCAUGCAGCCCCGUCACUGUCUAGAACGGCGUUUGAUCUUCAAGGCCACUAGAAAACCUGAUCUCGCCAACAUGCGCAGCGGCACUGGCCAGGGUCCUGAUAUUGUACGGCUCAAUAAAAUGCUGAAUGGGCAGAUGUUCUACACGCAGGUCGUCGGCCCUCUAUCCGAGGCAGAUUUCGACGGAAAACCGUCGUCAUCUGAUAGCCAGGAUGUUUCCAUGUCGGGGACACAUGAAGCUGCAGGUAGCUCCUACGACUACGACAGCCAGCCGUGGAGGCUCGAAUUUAGAGACACUCCUGAGGCAGGCUUCCGGUCGACCAUCACGGCUCGGCUGGCGGCUAGCGCUGCUCUACCGAAAGGGGAUGUUGUGCCUUCUAUGAAUGCCUGGGGAUAUAGUUUCGUAACCGAGUAUGUGGUGGAAGGAGAUAUGUUCAUUUACAACGACAUCGUAAUUUUCCUGCAUCGUGUUUUACAAUAUCCGGCCACUGGCCAGGAACCACAUGAACCGCGGCGACAGCUGCCCUCGUUCCGAGACCUGGCUCCUUUGGAAAAAACCGGGAGCUAUAUCCUGCAAGCUGCCAUCACAGUCCAAGAUGGCAGUAACCAAGAACUGAUGAGAACGGCCUCUCAGCAUUUAUUUGGGCUUCGGGAGCAGCUCAAGUCAGCGGUCCGUCUCGAGCAUGCUGAUCGACUGUCACUAGACACGCGCGCCAGGUAG